AUGUUGGGGGGCUCUGUGUGGUCCCGGCACGCCCACGUUACGGUAGAAAAACCCAGUCUUUUUGGCUCUGCGCUCGCCCGGCGGUUUUCGACGUCGACGCGCGGUGCUUUGAAGAAGACGUACGUAACAGCAAGAAAGAGAGCGCGGUGCGUGAUGUUCUUCACGGUUCCUGCCUAUAUUGGCUCCCGCGGGAGGACGACAUACCCGAAGGUUGCUGUCUUCACGGAGAUUAUCCCACUGGCUUCCAAAAACCGAGUGGCUGAAAGACGUUCGAAGGCGGCAGGAUCCUCAUGCACUCAAGAGCUACAAGCGCUAUUCGGAUGUUUGAAGAAAUGGGAGUUUGAUGAUAAGCCAUGUGCAAAACAUCAUACUGCUUAUAUGGAUUGCGUACAUGAGGCGGAGAGAAGCGCGAAAGCCUACAAUGAAGCCGCUAAGAAGGGAACUUUGGGUGACGCUACGGAAAAAGGCGCUGCAAUGACAUCGUCGCAGUUCAACAAGAUCCAGAAGCUCUUUCCUCAACCAAACCUCGGGACCCAGCCUUACCGCAAACUGAAACGAUUGCCCACCCAAGAUUACGCCGACGACCUUUUCCAUCGAAAGUCCAAACUUGGAAAACCAAGU